CUUGUUUUGUUUUGACCCCACGGAUACAAUGAGCGCGUCAGACACCCCCCGCUCAGAUGGAUUCUUCACCUUCCGACGAGCGCUCCCUGAAGAUAUUCCAGGGCUGAGGCUUCUUUUGACGGCUCUCUUCGAAUCGGACAAGUUUGGCAGAGAUCUGUCCUUCAGCGAGUGUGAGAUGGAAGACUACCUUGACUGGUUUCUUCCCAAAGCGCUGGUGGACUGUUCAAUCAUUCUAUACGUGCUUCAGUUUCUCCCGACAAGCUCUUCCCGAACAUACAAGCCGAAAGUCAUUGGAUGCUGCUACGUCUCCGUCAGCGACUCCUCUAUCGUGCCGAAAAGAAUUCAAAGUCUCGGCUUCAUGAAAUUGCAUGUUGUCAAUGCACUGUCGGAUUUUCAGGUAUGGCCAAAUCGACAAGCAGCAGAGGUUCACCGAAAAUUCCAGCGUGCACGCGAGACUAGGGCCGCAAUGAGAUCACGCGAUGAUGCCACAGGAACUUCAGCACUUGUGUUGCUUGCUGCUAUACAACCCAAAUAUCGCGGGGUGGGACUAGGAACAAAAAUGGUGUCGUGGGCGAAAGAAGCAAUCUCAGCUCUGGGUGUAGACACAAUGUAUCACAUGGGGAGUCCCAGAGAGGUAGAAUUCAUGCGUCAGUGCAAGAUCAAGUCAAUUGUCAUGUCAGAGUUCUGA